AUGUUUGGAAGAAAGAAGAGAGCGUAUUCGAAUCCGCCCCCCAAUGGAGCAAACGUCAAUUCAAACGCGGCGACGGCAGCUGCCCAGGCCUUCCUGAAGAAUCGCGCCUCGAAUGCUUCCCUCUCCUCUGCUGCCGCCGCAGCAGCACUACGAUCCAGGCCGACAACCCCAGUAUCGGUAGCGGAUGUCCAGACGAAGAGAACGGUUCGAAGGUCAGAAUCAGUAGCAUCCAACGGAAGUGCCGGAUCUGGACGACCGCAACUCGCCAGGAGAGGGAGCUCUGGAUCGAUGUCGGAGAGGACCUUUCGAGAUCAGUCACCAGCGCGCGCAUCACAGCCAGUACCUAGUGCGGCAGAUGCGCCGCCAGUGCCUGCGCUCCCAAAGACUCUUCGUCCCGCCAUACCACAGAAAUCUCAUCGUCGGACGGCCAGCAUGGAAGCACCACCAAUGCGCGUGGCAUCUCCUCCCCCCAACAUGGCAACAGGACGCGGAUCCAGUCUAGGACCUGCAGGACCAGCCCAAUCCAGGAGAGGCGGCCAGAGGAAUUCAACUCUAUCCAAUGUGCAGGAACAUGGAUAUGAAAGACCGGCGAGUAGAGGGUCCGUUAAUUUUUCUUUGCCCACGAGUUCGAGACCGGGGUCACCAGUAUCACAGCGAAGGCUAACAUCUCCUUCCCCUUUAAGGGCAAAACCCACAGUGAUCACAUCACCUACUAACCAGAGUCUUGUUUAUGAUCCGCAUACGCGAAGCUUUUUGCCUCGCGCAGAUGUACUUGCAAUUGAACAGCGGAUGACGGAUGCUUCAACAGCGCCAGUGAAGAAGAAGAAGAGACCAGCGCAAGCUACGGGAACUCACCUUGCAGAUGGAACAGUUGGGGGAAGGAUCAAAGGUUCGGCUAUUGAUGAUAUGGAACGGACAGCUCAAAACUCAGCGCCUCAACCUAUACAACCCGUUGCACCAAAAAUUGAGCAAAGACAACCGGCUCCAGUUGCUGCACCCGAGCCUGCACCAUUAAUACCGCAAAAGAAAAGAACGAAAAAGGUGGUUUCUUAUGAGUCCGAUAGUGACCAAGCAUCAUAUGUACCCAAUUCAUCCGAUAACGAUAGCGAUUAUGCGACUCAACCAUCUACAUUUAAUACUCGGGCGGGUGCCCUUCUUGCGAAAAAGCCAUCCAUUGUGCGAGAAGAUAGGGAACGAGAGGAGGAAGAGGAUACGCCAAGCAAGGCAUCGGAAGGGAAUUCUGUGAUGAGCGAUAGUCCUAUGGCUCGAACGACUUCUCCUACACCUCUUCCGCGAUCAGCAGCUGGGAGGGGUCAUGGAAGAGGGCAGGCUUCUGCGUCUGCUGCUUAUGCGCAAGAACGACAACAUACACGUUCUGCUAGUCAGCCUGCCCCAACACCGCAGGAUACUCUACAUGGCAAUUCACCUUUAGCUGCCAAAGGAAGUGUCAGAGGUAGUAGAGUUCAGUCUGUUAGCCCGGCAAGAACGACACAUUUUGCAAGAACGCCAGACAACCUCAUGGUGAAACAUCAACCUCCUGCUAGAUCAAUAUCGCCACGAAAAUCUGCACUAAAGAACUCUCGUGGCGCAUCACCAAAUCCUGAGAGUGUCGGAUUUGCUAAUUUAAGCUCCAGCGAAGCGGCAGAUGAUUUGCUCAUCCCUAGGAAAAAGAGCGUCCGUGUCAGUUUUGAUGAAGCAAAUGUUGCAGUUGGUCAAGCUGCACCAUUAAUUACUACGGACUCACCCGUUGUCGCAAGUCCCCAAGCAAGAAGAUCGUGGUUUAGCAUGGGUCGAGGGAAGAAGAAGGAGUUGUCUCUCACAGAUGAGGAUGAUGAGAUUAUGAAACCAAGGCCAGCUCUGCCAUCUUUUGGUAGUGUCCGAGAGAAGAAGCCAGCACGAGACAGCACACCAGAGAGGCCAUUGAUGAAGCCGACUCAGUCAGAAGAUCAAGUUGCAACUGCUUCGCCUCUCUUCACCUCACCUACGGGCGAAAGCUUCGAGUAUCCUCUCGGUAUUUCGAAUGAUCACAUUGUGGGCUCCGUUUUGUCUCAAGAUGCUGUUGAGAAAAAUGCUGCGAAUAUCUCAAAAUCUAGAGAACCUCUUCCUCCCCAAGUCACGUCGGUAGAGGGAGGUGGAUAUAUGUCUGAUACCAAUAGUAGCGUCGCGAGUCGGGACGAUUUUCAAGAGCCUGCUACUCUCACUGAGCCGAGUCAAAUUGGCCAAGCUAUUUCUGAGCCUGCUCACGAUGAAGUUCUUCCGUCGAUUGAAAGUGAUCUACCCGAGGUGGAAAGCAACGAUUUCGCUCAACAAAAUGGCUCCGUUCCAGGUAUUGCCAUUACUAGCGCAACACCUGUCUUGGAAUCAAACAAGGACAGGGAAUGGUUGGAUAUGCCUGGUGGAUGGACACAAGCAAAUUCUGACUCCAGUGGGCAGGAUCAUGACGAUCCAACGAUAAUAGAACAUCAUCCUACAGAUCCCACUCCAGCAGAUAUUGGUAUUGCAGAACCUUCACCAGAACCGAUCCAGCCUGGUUCACCAGCUAUUGGGGAUAUAGCCUUGGAGAACUCAAGGCAUUCCAUCAUCCUUGAAGAAAGUGAUGGUACUGAUAACGACAGCAUCUAUAGCGAUGCCGCCGAAGAUCUUGAUGAUGUGGAUGGUGAUGGUUUCAUGUCGCUGGACGCUGUGGUAGAGAGUCCUAUCGUGCCCAGCUCUGGCCCAGACACCGCUCUCACUACACCUCCAGACACUCCUACAUCAAAAGCGACCAAAGAAAGAGCUUACCGACAGAGUGGACUUCAUCGGAGAGAGAGUGAACCGAAUGCGGAUCAAGGUUGGGAGAAGACUCAGGAAUAUUGGAAAGGGUUGUCAAUUGAGAAAAAGAAAAAGAUUGAAGAAGAAGCUAGAAUUGCGGCCGAAGAGUCUGAGCGAGGGGAGGUUCAAGCAGCCCCGAAACCUAAGAAGAAGAAGCCGGCGACUAAAAUGAGCGAUCCUCCAAUUACACAAAUGGCCACCCGAAGCCCGCAGCAAGUGCCUGAGAUACGGCAGCCUGUUCCAAACAAUCAACGUACUUAUAUGAUUGCACCAGGAACCAAACAUGGACAGGAAUCCACCGCGUUGCGCUCUUCAAUGCGUGCUGAACCUCAAGCAGCACCAGCAGAUACUCAUAUUCGAAAAUCAAUGAGAGGUGACGGUUCUAUGCGAGGUUCUUUACGUGGACCAACAGAACCAGUUGAAAAGGUACCAAUGCGAAGUUCGUUGCGCAACUCCGCACCACCCGUGGAAGCCAAAUCUAUGCGCAACCCACAACGCGAGCCUGCCCCUUCUGAACAAAGAGGUGCACUACAGAAGAAGCAUAGGCCAAUGUCUCAAGGACCAACCGAGAUUCGACCAGAUCCAGCUGCUGUUGAUGCAAUGGUCAAGAAGCUUUCCGCUUCCAGGGCGUUGUCUACACCGACCUCUGCGAAACGUAUGACAGCGCCUGCUGGGCCAUCGCUGCGCCGAAAGAGUUCAGCCGACAGUGAUAGUAGCUUCAAGCGUGCUCGUGUUUCGAAUGAUGUACCAAAUUUCAGAUCAUCCAUGAGAGGAUCACGAGAUGAUGGAGCUCGAAAACAAUCACCAGCUGGUUCAAGUCGAUUUAGUCUACGUACCAUGUCACCUUCAGGGUCAACUCAUCGCAGAGCUUUCAGUAGCUCCGCUGCCCCACCACCACUACCACAGACACACAUGCGCAACUCUAUGCGUAAUUCUGUCGGAGCUGCACCAACAAUGCGUGGCCCUCCUAGUCGUGCUAAAUCGCCAUUGCGUAUGCCUGGAUUUGGUCGAUCUUCAGGAGCGGACAAAGCUCAAGUCAAGCGAAAGCCAAUUGCUCAACGAUCAAGUAGAUUUGCUGAUUCUAGUGACGAAGAAGAUGCUCGUCCAACUUUCAGAAGUCGAUUCAAUGAUUCCUCGGAUGAGGAUGAUGAACCGGCUCCUCGUUCGACGGGAAUGGCCAAGUCAAUGCGCUCUAAUGCUCCUGUUCGUGGUAUUCCAAAGCGAGCAGGCGCACAAGAUGGCGACUCCAGCGACCUUCCGGAUUCUGACGAUGAAAAACCGACACGAAGAACAAACGGCGUCAUCGCAAAGGAACCAGCAACAUCUAAUGAAGGCGGCGCUCUCGCAUCUGGUUCUCUUCGUAGAUCCGGCAGUGGAAGAGGAGCCAUGAGUCCAACCGCCACCCCAACCCGCCCCGAACACAAACGCAGAGGCAGCAUCAUGUCGAUCCUCCGCCGCAAAAAAGACCCCAACUCCAAAGUCCGCAAAUCCGACCUCGAAUCCCCAGCGCGCAGAGACACGCCCCUCGAACGCAGCAAAUCCGAUCUCGCCGUCCUCAAAGCCGCAGACCGUCCCACCUCACCCCGCUUGCAAAAGCGCAAUCCCAUGUCCCGACAGAACAGCGGCGCGUGGCCGAUCGUGCCGCCUAGUCCGCCGAAGAUCGUGGCCGGCGAGGGUGGAAGGCCGUUUACGGCUGAUACGGCGGAUGGGGUUACGGGCGCGGAGAGUAGGGUUGUUGAUGGCGAGGGACGGCCGAGUUUGGGGAGUAGGAGACAUACUGCUACGGGGUUGAGUGGGGUUGAUGUUUCUGGAGAGGGAGCGGGUGCGGCGGGGGGGAGCGCGAGGAAAAAGAAGAAGUUUCAGGUGCUGAGGAAGAUGUUUAGGUUGGAUGAUUAG